UCGGUGGGCGUUACUAAAGGCUCAGAAGUCCAUCAACUAGACCACAUAAACGUCGGCAGGAGGUGAGAGAAGAAAACGUGACAGCAUGCCGGUAAACAAGCAGUCGGGCAGCAGGAUGAGAGUGACAGAAGUGGAGGAGUUUGUGAGAAAUCCACCGCCAGGUUUCUCUGUGGAGACUCUCGGAUCGGGUUACCGAGUCCGCUGCAACGAGGAGAAGAGCCUGGUGCUCAUCGACGACUUCCAGUCCUGCGGGAAGAAGUUCGUUUUCCACAACUCGCUGGGAAGAAAAGUGAAAAUGCACAACUUGUGGGAAUACAGCAGCACGAGGAAGAGUCUGCUGUCCAAGGAGAUCUAUCUGCUGAUUUCAGCCUGCGAAGAACAAUCCUCAGUGAGCAACAAAAAGGCAGCCAGAGAACUGAGCUUGGAGAAGCAGUAUGUGGUGUGCAUCGACGGCAACGAGCCGUUCACCAAGUGGCAGCUGGAGAGAGGCAUGGAUGGGACCAUCUCUUCUGUUGCUGGAGAAAGCUACAGAGUGGAUGUGAGCAGGACUUCGUGUUGAGAAUGACAUGAGCCAGCUGAGGAUGAAGAACGAUGCAAACUUGAGUUUAACUGUUCACUUUAACCGGAGCUUGUUUUUGCAUCUUCAGUAAAAUAGAUGAAUGGUUGAAAUAUCAUCCUGCCAGACCGACGGCUUUCCUCUGGAGAUUUUAGGAUCUGAGUCCAGAAUUUCUGUCUGUUCAGUGGGUGGAAACUACUGACAAGGACUGAAAAAGACUUUCUGAAUGUCAUAAAGGUCGUUUUGUGUGUGCAAAUAUUUGUUUUUACAUGAUUUUUAAUUGUUGUACUGUUUGAGGGGUUUUAUAGUGAUCAAAUUUGUGCUGCUGCACAAUAAAAU